AUGAGCGCUGCGCUUCCGUCGCUCCAGAUCCCCGUGGACUACGCACAAAUCCAGGCCUCUGUGGAAGACUUCCUGCUUCACUUCAAGUCCGAGCAGGCGCCCUCCAGCGCCCGCGACGGCGACGACGUCUCCAUGGACAUCGGCACAGGCCCCAAGUACAUGGCGCUGCUCCAGCAAGUCGCCAACCGCGAGCUCCAGACGCUCUACGUCGAGCUCGACGACCUCCAGCGAUUCGAAGACGACAAGCUGCUCGCGCCCGACGCGGAUCCCACGCCCGCAUUCCCCGCAUCCGCGGGCCUCGUCCGCACUAUCGCCCGCAACUGCCACCAUUUCCUCGAGAUCUUCAGCCGCGCGGUCGACAAGCUGCUGCCCCCGCCCACCAAAGAGCUCGAUUACAAGGACGACGUCCUCGACGUCAUUCUGUACCAGCGUAAGCUCCGUAACGACCGGCUUCUCUCCGAGCGCCGCUCCGAGCUCGCCGCCGAGGCGCCCGGCGAGAUACAAGACGACGACGUGAUGCGCGAGAUCGCCGAGCAAGAGUCCGACCUCUUCCCCGCCAAGCUUAUACGCCGCUACAACCUCUACUUCAAGCCCCUGAGCUCCGCCUUCGCCAAAAAGUGGCACGCACCCCUCUCCGUCCGCGAGAUCAAGGGCGACCGUCUCGGCGAGCUCAUCACCGUCCGCGGCAUUGUCACCAGAGUCUCCGACGUCAAGCCCUCCGUGAUGGUCAACGCCUACACCUGCGACCAGUGUGGCUACGAGAUCUUCCAAGAGGUCAACUCCCGCACUUUCACGCCGCUCACCGAGUGUACCUCCGAGCAGUGCUCGCAGAACCAGACUAAGGGCCAGCUUUUCAUGAGCACGCGUGCAUCAAAGUUCAGCGCCUUCCAGGAGUGCAAGAUCCAGGAAAUGUCCGAGCAGGUGCCCAUAGGCCACAUACCGCGUACCCUGACCAUCCACAUCAACGGCACACUCGUGAGGUCUCUCACCCCCGGCGACGUCGUCGAUGUCACCGGCAUCUACAUGCCCUCCCCGUACACCGGCUUCAGAGCCCUCAAAGCUGGUCUGCUCACCGAGACUUACCUCGAGACACAGUACGUGUUUCAGCACAAGAAGAAGUUUGCCACGUUUGAGAUCACCCCGGAUAGCGAAGCCCGCGUGCUGAGUAUCGUCAGCCAGGGCGACGUCUACAAUCGCCUCGCCAAGUCUAUUGCUCCAGAAAUUUACGGCAACCUCGACGUCAAGAAGGCCCUGCUCCUGCUGUUAGUCGGCGGUGUGGACAAAAAGGUUGGCGACGGUAUGAAGAUCAGAGGUGACAUCAAUAUAUGUUUAAUGGGUGACCCCGGUGUUGCCAAGUCGCAGCUCCUGAAGUCCAUCUGUAAAAUUUCGCCCCGUGGCGUCUACACUACCGGUAAAGGUUCCUCGGGUGUUGGUUUGACCGCCGCGGUCAUGAAAGAUCCCGUAACCGACGAAAUGGUCUUGGAGGGUGGUGCCCUGGUGCUGUCUGAUAACGGUAUCUGUUGUAUCGACGAGUUCGACAAAAUGGACGAAGGCGACAGGACCGCGAUUCACGAAGUCAUGGAGCAGCAGACCAUCUCUAUUUCGAAAGCAGGUAUCAAUACGACUUUGAACGCCAGAACCUCCAUUCUGGCCGCCGCUAACCCGCUUUACGGUAGAUACAACCCUAGGCUUUCUCCCCUGGAAAACAUCAAUUUGCCUGCAGCCUUGCUUUCAAGAUUCGACAUUCUCUUCUUAAUGCUUGAUACGCCAAACCGCGAAGACGACGAGAAACUCGCAGAGCAUGUUGCUUACGUACACAUGCACAACAAGCAGCCUGAACUGGGGUUCACGCCAAUAGAGCCCUCCGACAUGCGUGAGUUCAUUGCGUAUGCCAAAACUAAGAGGCCAACUAUGAGCUCAGAGGUGAACGAAUACGUUGUCCAGUCUUACAUCCGCAUGAGGCAGGACUCCAAAAAGGCAAUGGAUUCUCGGUUUUCUUUUGGCCAGGCAACUCCUAGAACUCUUCUAGCCAUCAUCAGACUUUCGCAAGGCCUAGCAAAACUAAGGUUCAGUGACAUCGUGGAGGUUGAAGACAUUGAAGAGGCUCUUCGGCUGAUUCAGGUAUCCAAAGAAUCCCUGUACCAAGAGGGCAACAAGAGUGGAGAAGACGAAAAUCCAACCACCAAGAUAUACACUAUCAUUAAAAACAUGGCCCGUGAUGGGUCGCACCUGCAACAGAGUCUACCAUACGAUACCGUCGUGAAGGCUGUCAGAUCAAGAGGCUUUACUAUGCUGCAGCUCAACAACUGUAUUGAGGAGUACGCCUAUCUCGGUAUAUGGAACCUCGUCAAUGAGGGCUCCACCUUGCAUUUCCUAAACCAGGGCCCAGAAACCGCUCUCGAUUACGGCACCCAGCCUGAAUCCGUUUCCACACCACAGCCUCCGGCGAGUUUAGGAGAUACGGAUACUGAAAUGGGCGAUGCCUAA